AUGAACAACGCGUCAAUUGCAUGCCCUGCUUCUGCAGAUGCCGAUUUUGGCCCAAUCGUCAUUUCUGAAUGCCGUCAAGGGUUUGACUUUACGCUCUUCUUUGAACAAGUCUUCUUUGUUGUUGCUCCUCAGGCACUUCUAGUGCUCGUCACGCCGCUACGCAUUUCGCAACUUCUACGUGCUCCUGUACGCGUCAAAUCUUCUCAUCUUGGCCCUUUCAAACUGAUCGUUGCCGCGUCCCUGGCCAUCCUCCAGGUCGCUCUCAUCGCCCUCUGGGCAUCCCGUCGCAGCUUGUCUGCCCGGCUUAACCGUGUAUCCCUUGCCUCUGCCUGUGUAUCUGUCGUCUCAUCUCUCGCGUGCUGUGCCAUCUCGUACUUUGAACAUGUCAAAUCGCCUCGCCCAUCGUCUCUGCUGAAUGUCUUCUUGCUUGCGUCCUUGCUUCUGGACGGCGCUGUUGCGCGCACUCUUUGGCUGGCAUCCGUAGAUCUUGCCAUCAAAGCCAUCUUCAGCAUGGUAAUUGCAACCAAGGCAACGCUUCUCGUGCUUGAGGCACAAGAUAAGCGACGUCUUCUGAUCGAUUCGGCCGAGACAUUGCCUCCAGAAGAAACAACGGGUCUAUACGGCCGAGCUGUCUUCUCAUGGGUCCUCCCGUUGCUGCGGGCCGGCUUUGUGAAACUGCUGCGACCAGAGGACUUGUUUCCGCUAGGCGAGAAGAUGGGCGCGGCUUUUCUCAGUGAAAAAUUCCAAAAUAAUUGGAAAAAAUCUUCGCCCAGUUCUAAGCAUCGGCUUCUACGGUGCUGCGUCCUCACCUUGCGCCUCUCUCUCUUGACCGUCAUCUUGCCAAGACUAUGUCUGCUCGCAGUUACCAUAUGUCAGCCCCUAGUUCUUACGCGGUUUCUUAGCUUUCUCGAUGACCAGAGUCAGUCCAACAAUGUCGGCUACGGCCUGAUUGCAGCGUACGGGUUUGUCUAUCUUGGAAUCGCGCUGGCACAGGCUUUGUACUGGCACCAGAAUGCGCGGUUUGUUUCAAUGCUUCGAAGUUUUCUUGUUACGGCCAUUUUCGGCAAGUUAAUGGCACUUGACAUGUCUAUUGCGAGUGACGCUGCGGCAGUGACGCUCAUGUCAUCCGAUGUCGAAGUCAUUGUGCGAGCAGCCAAAGAGAUAAAUGAGCUCUGGGCCAAUAUUCUCCAAGUUUCAUUUGGGACCUGGCUCUUGGCUCGUGAGAUUGGCUAUGCUGCUGUCGGCCCCAUCGUUGUAUCUGGUGUCGCUCUUGCCAUGACUACGAAAAUCUCGCCUCUAGCGAUGAAAUCCAGAGUGGCAUGGUUAGAAAAGACUCAGAAGAGAAUCGGCAUCACAUCCUCCAUGAUCGGGCACAUUAAGAGCAUUAAGAUGGCUGGCCUAUCUACAGUGCUCUCCAAGACAAUCUUUUCUCUCAGACUUGAAGAAGUAGCCGCAUCGCGUCCGUUUCGCAUCAUUGGCAGCAUCACCUCAUCAAUGGCUCAAAUCCCUGUGUUUAUUUCCCCAGUCGUCGCCUUUUCUAUUUUCCAAGGCGUCUCUGCUCAAACAGGCCUCGAGUUGAAUCCUACAAGACUCUUCACUGCGCUAGCGCUGAUCACGCUGCAGACUCAGCCUUUGUUUUGGAUGUUUGAGCUUGUGCUGGAUUUGAGCGCUGCUCAUGGAGCGACAUCUCGGAUUGAAAAGUUCCUAUCACAGCCGGAGCGUAAGCUUCGGUCUCCAAGUUCUCAAAUAUCCCUCGACUCUGGUACUGCGAUCCAUCUCGAGAAUGCUUCUUUUGGGUGGAAGCAAGGAAUCGCAUCAGUGUCCAACAUUAGCGUCGACGUACAAAAAGGCCAACUUGCAAUGGUUGUAGGACCUGUCGCUUCAGGCAAAAGCACCCUACUUCACGGAAUUAUUCGAGAAACUCCGUACUUCCAUGGAGCUAUCCAGCUUACAGAGGGCAAGCUAUCAUGGUGCAGUCAAACAAUGUGGGCAAUGAAUCAAACCAUACAAGCAAACAUCUUGGGUCCCAACGACUUCAAUGAAUCACUCUAUACACAGGUUAUCAAAGCGUGUGAUCUGAAUCAAGAUUUUGACAACCUACCACUGAAAGAUAAAACAUUGGUCGGAUCAUCAGCCGCUGCACUCAGCGGCGGUCAGAAGCAGCGACUGUCUCUUGCGAGAGCUCUAUAUAGCCGGCCAGAGAUUGCAGUCUUUGACGAUGUAUUAAGCGGCCUCGAUAACACAACAGCUCAGAGUGUGUUUGAAAAAGUCUUCUCCUCUAACGGUCUUUUGCGUCAAUGGAACACAACGGCAGUGCUCGCCACUCAGUCUGUACACUUCUCAUCUCAUGCUGAUAUUAUAAUCUCAUUGAGCACCGACGGUAUACCUACGGAAAUUGGCACCUAUCCGAGUCUGAUUGAGUCGGGAGGCUACGUAGCAAGUUUGGCAGAACUGUCCACAACAAAUAUUGGCGGUGGAAUGCAAACCGUUAAUAUUGACAGGAAAACAGAACAAGAAGCGUCCCCGCCAGUAAAACCGACAGUUAGGACUUCUGACGAGGACAAACGGAGACAGCUCGGCGACAAGAGUGUGUACAAGUACUAUUUUGGAAGUGUUGGGGUACAGUUCAGCUUCAUUUUAUUAUUUCUUGAACUGGUUUGGACAUUUCUGCAAAGUUUCCCAGCUCUCUGGCUCAAAUUCUGGAGUGAUGCAAUCAACCGUGGUGAAGAAAAGACUGGGCUCUAUCUGGGAAUCUAUGCUGCCCUACAGAUAGUUGGUGUAUGUUGGUUCUCUCUUCUAAUAUGGUUUGUUCUUGUACGAAUUGCAGCAAAGUCGGGUAUUCAUCUACACCAGAAACUGUUGAGUGCCGUUCUACACGCACCUCUAUCUUUGUUUACAAACACUGACGUCGGUUCUAUAACCACUCGCUUUUCUCAGGACAUCGGCAUGAUUGAUAAUCAACUUCCUUUGGCACUUGUAGUCACCCUUGCUAGCCUCUUCACUGUCCUUGCCAAAGCUGGGCUUCUCGCUGCAUCCACCUACUACGUCGCUAUUAGCUUCCCACUGCUAGCUGCGGCGUACUAUUUCCUACAAAGAGGAUAUCUACGUACAUCUCGACAAUUGAGGAUGCUGGAUCUAGAAUUGAAAGCGCCGAUUUAUACUCAGUUCUUGGAAUCACUUUCUGGCCUCUCGACAAUCCGAGCCUUUGGUUGGACCGAAACCACCAUUGAACAAAACCAUCAUCUGGUAGAUGCGUCUCAGCAACCGUUUUACCUACUUAUUAUAGUACAAAAAUGGCUAGUUCUCGUACUCGACCUUAUGACCGCCGCUCUGGCAUUGCUUGUCGUUGGAUUUGCUGUCCACCUUCGCAGCUCCGUGUCGAUUGCACUCACUGGUGUCUCCUUGGUACAAUUGAUUUCUAUGAGCGAGACCUUGAACCUGCUAAUGCAGUUCUGGACGUCUAUAGAAACAUCCAUUUCUGCAGUUGCUCGGAUCAAACAAUUUGCCGAGUCUACAGGUGAUGAGAACCUGCCGUGCGAGAACGGUUCAGUUCCCACAGCCUGGCCGAGUCGUGGUCAUGUGAACAUAUCGGGGCUUUCAGCGUCGUACGACGCAUCUGGAGACACCAAGGCUCUUGAUGGCAUUGAUUUGGAUAUCAAACCGGGAGAGAAAAUUGCCAUCUGUGGGCGAACGGGCAGUGGAAAAUCGAGCUUAAUACUAUCCAUACUCCGAAUGAUGGAUUACAUCAAAGGAAGUAUUAGCAUUGACGACGUCUCUGUCGACAAAAUACCUCGAGACAAGAUCCGCGACAAGAUAAUCACCGUUAGUCAAGAACAAUUUGUUCUCCCCGGAAGCAUUCGAUACAAUAUUGAUCCGACAAAUCAAUAUCCCACCCAAACCAUAAUUAAUGCACUAACUUCGACGGGACUCUGGGAGACUGUCGAGAAUAAUGGAGGCUUAGAUGCUGAGCUAAAAGAGCAUGUGUUCAGUCAUGGCCAACGACACCUCUUUUUCCUUGCGCGUGCUAUUGUGAAGAAAGAUAUUGGAAAACUUCUUUUACUUGAUGAAGUGACUAGCAGUAUCGAUGCGGCCACCGAGGAGAAAGUCCGAAAAGUAAUCGACGACGAGUUUUAUAGUCACACGGUGAUUUCGAUAGCUCACCGUCUGGAAACUAUAAUCGAAUUUAAUAAGGUUGCAGUCCUCGAAAACGGAAAGCUUCUCGAAUUUGGAGAACCAAGGGAGCUACUUAGAUCACAGAGCAGGUUUCGAAGUCUUUGGGAUUCCGGAAGUGGUGCUCCCAGCGUCUGAUGUUAAGUGCACAAUAGUUGGAUAAAUAAAUACAUAUUCUAUGGUGCUAAAUACAUCUAACGCGUAAGUUCGUCUAGUAUUGGCCGUUCCACGGUAAUAAAACGACCGCGCCCGGCUCUCAUUGAAAUAAUGCGCUUCUCGACGGCAAGCGCCGUUUCACAUGCACUUUGGUACAUGUCAUGCUUUGAGGGCAUAUCGUUCUUCUCGAUAUCCCACCCGACAUUUAAUCUUAGGGUCGUGAUUUUGCCCCAGUCUCCAGCCCAGUCAACGUGAUCAUGGCUGUCAGUAUCUUCCAGAGUAAGAGCUUUGAACCAGGAGAUACACCCGGUGAGAUCAAGGAAUUCGAGGGAGUAGAGGCUCUUGCUCAGAAGCCUUAGCACUAAAAGGGCUUCACUCCAGUCCUGAUCGAUCGUAUGCGAGUAAUAGUUGGUUCCGCUGUAGGAUAUAUCCCGUUGAUGCGGCGACGACAUGGAUGCAAACUGCGAUUUGCGCGUCAGACACGGGACUGGCCAAAACGCCAAACUAAGAUGCGUCACAGUCGUUAGUUUAGAAGCAAGAGAUAACAAGUGUUUCCAUGAAGCAUUAUCUGCCUUCUUGGGGUCUACGGCGAGAGAUAGAUGAGACAAGUUGGGCAGCAGGGUCGAGGGUAUCGAGCUCUGCAAGUCUUCAGCAUCCCAUGAGUCUUGAAGCUCGUCAGACGGAGUAGUCUGUGUCGGGAAUAGCAAGUCAGAGAGCUCCUUUAGACUUAUAGUCUUUCCAACAGCGCCUGAUAUAUCCAAUGUCGUUAAGUCUUCCAGGCUGCUCACGCUCACAUCUGGGACAUCAUCAUUGCCAUCGGGCUGAGGGAGCAGCAUAGCCUUGAGAUCCUUUAUGGAUAGACCCGGCGUGCCCAGUAUAGCAACAUGACGCAUCAAAAUGGGCUUGAUAUGAGUUGGAAUAUAAUACAUAUACGGACCAUCAUAUUCGCGAUGAAGCUGCCAUUCGAGAGCCAUGCGCCGCGCAACAAGGUCCAACAAGCUGCCAGGCUCAGGCAAAUAGGCUCCAGGAAAGGCAACCCUUGCGAGAGAAUGGGUACUCAGCGACUCAAGCGCUCGCUGGGCAGUCUGGGGGUCUCUCGGGGACCGGGACCAGCUUCCUGGAGGCGGGGGCCCUGCUGGAAGACGUCUUCCAUAGUUGUCAAACCUGCGUCGAACUGGGCGGCGUGGCAGAGGUGCGGGUGUCUCCGGGAUCUGGAGAAUCUGCCGGAUGGCUGGGGGCACGCUGGGAGUAGCGGUGGCGAGAAUAGACGGUUGGUUGGACGACAAGGAGGCCGCUGUCGUACGAAGGUUGGCGAGCAGCUCGUUCACGGAUUUCGUUGGCUUUG